CGGCAUGGACGACCAGGGCUGCCCGCGCUGCAAGACCACCAAAUACCGCAACCCGUCCCUCAAGCUCAUGGUCAAUGUCUGCGGGCACACGCUAUGCGAGAGCUGCGUGGAGCUGCUCUUUGUCAGAGGGGCUGGAAACUGCCAGGAGUGUGACACCCCAUUGCGGAAGAGCAACUUCCGGGUGCAGCUCUUCGAAGACCCCACUAUUGACAAGGAGGUCGACAUUCGGAAGAAAGUGCUGAAAAUAUACAAUAAAAGGGAGGACGACUUUCCCAGUCUAAGGGAAUAUAAUGAUUUCCUGGAAGAAGUAGAAGAAAUUGUGUUUAACUUGACGAACAACGUGGAUUUGGAAAACACCAAAAAGAAAAUGGAGAUGUACCAGAAAGACAACAAAGAUGUCAUUCAGAAAAAUAAGAUAAAAUUGACUCGGGAGCAAGAGGAGCUGGAGGAAGCAUUAGAGGUUGAACGGCAAGAAAAUGAACAGAGACGAUUGCUCAUACAGAAGGAAGAACAGAUGCAGCAGAUCAUCAAGAGGAAGAACAAACAGGCACUUCUGGACGAACUGGAAAGCUCCCAUCUGCCUGCUUCCCUGCUCUUAGCUCAGCAUAAAGACAGAUCUACACAGCUAGAAAUGCAGCUGGAAAAACCCAAACCAGUCAAACCAGUCACAUUUUCUACUGGCAUCAAAAUGGGUCAGCAUAUCUCGUUAGCACCCAUUCAGAAGCUGGAGGAAGCGCUGUACGAGUAUCAGCCUUUGCAAGUAGAGAUGUUUGGCCCGCAAGUCCCUGACCCUGAACUGCUGAGAAGGCUUGGGUACCUAAAUCACGUCCGAGCUGCUUCUCCACAAGAUCUUGCUGGAGGCUACACUUCUUCCCUUGCGUGUCACCGAGCCCUGCAGGAUGCUUUCAGUGGGCUCUUCUGGCAUCCCAGCUAGCCGGCAUACACCUGCCUGGGAGAAAUGGAUGCUGGCAGGGAACAAACAGCGAAUCUCGGGUACGCUGCUACCCUCUGCACUAUGGGGAAGUGGCUGUCCCUUCCCUGCUCGAGCCAGCUCUGUUUGGGUAUUCAAAAGAAAAAAGUCUGCACCCGAGCUUUGUGAAGUGAGAUACGUGCUUGUGGAAGGGGGAACUCAUUAGUCAUGGGGCACUUUGCUGAAGGAGGCUGAGGCACGAAGCCACAUCAGAUGGAAGAUGUGAAUAAUUCUGCGGUGUAUGUUUGAGGUUUAAAAAACAGACUUGUAAAUUUUUUAGAAAAUAAAGCCAGACUUUUUAUUGAA